AUUUUAUAAUUAAUAAAAUAUAAAAAUGGAAGAGGAAAAAUAUAGCGAGAGACAGAAGAAGAAUGCCAACCAAGGCAAAGAUUCAUCCAGAAGGCACCCUAACUCUGGAGAGUGUAAAGUGCCACCUCUAAAUAUGAGGUCUAAGAUUGCCAGAGAAGACAAAAUGGAGCUUACAAAUAAACUCAGACCGAGCGAACAUCAGUUGUUCAUCGAAUGUCUUAAAACUUAUGGAAAAGAUUGGCAAAAGCUAGAGAGAUCUAUACCAGACAAGACUAGUCUUCAGAUAAAGAAUCAUGCUAAGAGCUUCUUUGACAUGAUCAUUAAGCAAUUCAAAGCUUCUGACCCUGUUGAGUACUUUCUAAAGAACCCAGAACUUAAAAUAGACUUAAAUAAACUAAUCAGGCCUGAAAGUUUAGAGAAGUCACAAUUCCCUACAGGAACUACAUUCGCAAAAUCAAAGGAGAAAAGAAGACUGGAGAGAGUUCUAGCCCCAGGCACUAAGUCAAGGAAGCAUAAAAUCAGAAGUCAAGAAGAGAGCCAUAGAAUGAAGCUGAAGAGGUCCAGUAAUGAAGUCUCCUUUAACCCUUCCUCUGAGGAAAUGGUAAAUGGCCGUAAGAAGUACUUCAUUGAUCGAUGUGGUAACCCUCAUGAAGUUAGCACAACUGCAAUGUCCACCUUCCUUGACUUAAAGAAGGGCGAAUUUUCAGUGAAAGGUAAUGACAUUACCACCAUGGUUCCAUGCGAAAUAGAGACUAUCUGGGAAAGAGAUGGUACUGAAAAGGUAGUAGUCAACUCAAGAGAGCCUAUAAAGGUAGUCAUCUCCCAGAAGCAUGUUAACAAACCAAUGGUCUAUGACUUGCACAAGAAAAUGUUCUUCCCUUUCUCAGAGUACUCUCAGCUUGACUUAAGGAUGUACUCUGAUUACUCUCAGAGUGAGAAUACGUUAUACCAACAGAUGGUAGACAUGCUUGAGAAGAAAUAUUGCUUACGAGACAUUAGGGCUUAUUGUGGACAAAGCUCAGAACGCCGACUAAGUUCCCUCAAUUCUAGUGGUAGGAACCGAAAUGGGGAAGGCAACGGUAGUUUCCAGUCCUCCUCAUCUAACAGGGUGGAUCAGGAUCAAAAUGGUCAGGAGAGCCGGAAUAAUUCCCAACCUAUCUUCCACAAUGACAAUAACGAAGACUGGUUUGGAGCUGGUUUAAAACCAGAUACAAGUAGACAAUAAUGUAUAAAUGAUUUAAAAUGAAUAAUAA